CACAGCAAUGUUAAAAUUACAGUCACCGUUCGCUUGAUCAGAGCAGGUAGCUAGAGUCUAGAGUUGAUUUACGUAACUAAGAGUCAACUCUUAUGAACGUCACGGCAAGUAAAUAGUAAAAUCUGGGGUUGGAAUGUCUUAAUUAAUCAUGAUGGCUUCUAAAGGUGAAGAGUUACAUAUGGCUAUACGAGAAAAUAACAGUAAAAAAGUUGAAUAUAGUUUAUCUCAGGGUGUGGAUAUUAAUGUUUUGUUUUAUGGAUGGACACCAUUGCAACUGGCUAUAAAAUUAGGCUUUGAGGAAAUUGCAGUUUUAUUGAUUGAAAAUGGAUGUGAUUUUAAAUUCCACGAUAAUAAAAGUUUAUCACCGUUUGAAAUGGCUUUAAAGAAAAACCAAGUAAUGCAGGUUGUAGAGAAACUUCUGUUGAAAGGUAUAGAUGGUUGCCAACUGUUAUCAACAUCAGAACCACCUUUAAUUUAUGCUGUUAAAAAGGGGACAUCCCUAAUGGUACAAACUCUGAUUAAUGCCAAUGUUGAAGUAAAUUGCUGCAGUAGUGAAGGUGAAAGUCCACUUCAUCUAGCCUGUAAAGAAGCUUCAAGUGACAUUGUUAAUACAUUAAUAUCAGCAGGAGCAGACAAAGACGCUGUUUGCUUGUCAUCAGGAUUGUCUCCCCUUAUGGUAGCCUGUAUCAAUGAAAAUAAAGAAGCAAUGAAAGUAUUAAUAACGAAUGGUUGUGAUAUAAAUGCACAAGAUAAAGAUGGUUGGACAGCACUGUGGUAUGCUUACAGUAAUAGAAAUGAGAAUCUCUUGAGACUGUUAUUAAAAUCAGGGGCAGAUAAAUCUGUUGUGACUAAUGAGCAGAAGUCAGUGUUAGAAGAAGCAAUACAGAAUGACGAAGAAGAAAUGAUAGAAUUGUUACAGAAAUUUUAUUAAAGUGAUAGUUUGAUAAUUUUUUAUAAUGAUAUGUUGUGUGCUUCUAUUUAAAAACAAAAUAAUGGAAUACAUUAAAGAUAUAGUCCUUUGGUAAUCAGGACUGUAAUUAGACUACUGUAUGUUUAGAGAUCAAAACUACCAAGAAAAUAAUGUAAUUGUCAUAAUUAAAUAGUUGGCAAGUAACAGUCAUUUGAAUAUCAGAUAAAAUUCUUUAAAAUAUCUGUCAUUUGUAGGUUUCAAAUUCCAUGCAGAUUGAAUUGCCUUUCUGUCCCUGGUCACAUGCUGGCACUCAAAAAUACUAGUUUGUUAUUGUCCCCCCCCCCCCUUUCAAAGAAAGCAGGGACUAUUAAAAUGGGUCUGUCUGUCUGUCCCUCACACUUUUUCGGACACAAUAACUCUCUUUCUAAUUGAGAUAGAAUGUUCAAACUUGGUGUAGGUGUUCCUUGGGUCAAUGCCUUGAUGGAGUUCAAAGAUGACCAUUUUCUGCUUGGGGUAAGCAGAGAUAAGCAAUUUGAUUGGUUGAUGCUUUGGGACACGAUAACUUUAGUUCUAAUUAAGUGAAAAUGAAGGCACUUAGUGUAUAGCUUUAUUACAUCAAUACCUUGACUAAGUUUGAUAAUGAGCAUUUUCUGCUAAGGGUAAGCAGAGCGAUAGACAAUUUGAUUGGUCAAGACUUUGGAACACAAUAACUCUCCUUCUAAUUCAAACUUGGUGUAGGCGUUCAUUAGGUGAAUGCCUUGAUGGAGUUCGAUGAUAAACAUUGUAUGCUUACGGUAAGCAGAGAUAAGCAAUCUGAUUGGUUGUUGCUUUGGGGCACGAUAUGAAGUGAAAUUGAUGAAACUCUGAAUAUAGAUUCAUUAUAUCAUUACCUUGACUAAGUUCGAUGGUGGGAAUUUUCUGCUUAGGCUAAGGAGCGAUAAGCAAUUUGAUUGGUCAAGACUUUGGAACAUAACAACUCUGCUUUUAACUGAGGUAGAAUGUUUAAACUUGAUGUAGAUGUUCAAUGAUUAACAUUCAAGCUGAACCUAAGCAGAGCUAAUCAAUUUCAUUGGUCGAUGCUUUAGGACAAGAUAAUCUUGAUUCUAUCUGAUAGAGAGAGAUAUAACUUAGUGUAUAGUUUGAUUGCUGGAUACUUUUGAAAAAAAUAAAUGUGCGAUUAAUUAAUAUGUGUCAUCUAUUUAUUUUGGGAUUUCGGCGGGGGACAUCUGCCUCACUUUUGGCUUGUUUCAUUGUUUAAGACUUAAUAAACAUCCUACCAUUUUAUUUCAUUGAUUAAAGGCUUAAUAAGGUCAUACAAAAAAAUAUCCUGGUUCUCAGCCAACCCUUACCAAAAGUCAAAGGAUCACUAAAAUAAUAUUAUUGUAUAUUUAUAUCGCACUGUUUCCAUCCACAAAUGCAUGCUCAAGGUACGAUCUCUGUACACAUCAACAUUAAAUUUCGAGACACUACAUUUAUUUCAUCAUGUUGCUUAUAGGAAUCUAUGAUUAUCCAGUAUCAUUUAUGAUUGUCAUUAGCAUUGAUAAAAAAAAGCCUAUGGAUUCACUUCCUGUAACAUCGGUAAAAUAUUUAUAUGCAGUAAUUAAUGAGACCAUUUUGUUUUGUUUUGGUUUGGUUUGGUUUUUUUUUGCAAGAAAAUCGUGUCAUGCAUUCUUUUUAAGCAACGCAGGAUUAUCUGAGAACCAGGUCUUAUCAUUUUAUUUUUCGUGGUUGUUAGAAGCCUCAUAUUUAAUUCAGAUAAAAGUCCAUACCUUUAUUGGUACAUAAAUACUAUAAAACAAUAGUGGUUACAGUGCCUUACUAUUCGCUAUAAUAGUCUUAUAGACAGUUUCAUAUUGAGGUAGCCCAAUUCACCUCCUGCACAAUAUUUUGACCUUAUUAAUACAUAUUGUUAUUGGGUUAGAGUUAUAACAGUUCAUAUGAAAAUAAGUGCAAGAAACAGUGGAUUCCUAAGAAGCAGAAAAGUAAAUUUUAUAAAUUAUGCCAAACAAUACCUGUUGGAACAGUCACAGAGUUGGUUAUUAACGUUGUGGCCGUUUCAAUGAACCGACUUGUUUAGAUAAUUUCGAAUGCACCCAAUUUUAUACUGCCCCUGUAUACGCAUUCUCAAAUAUUCUAGCAACAUUUCAAAUAACUGUUGUGGCUGAGGAAUUGAACAAAAAGAUCUUUUAUAAAAUGCAUAAUUCCAUGAAAAUUAAAUUAAACAAAAGGCUUUGUUUUAUCAAUAUGUCUGUCUUUGUCAACAUGUGGCUGAGGAAUUGAAAAAAAAAGAUCUUUUAAAAAAUGUGUAAUUCCAUGAUAAAUAAAUUAAACAAAAGCCUUUGUUUUAUUAAUAUAUGUCUGUCUUUGUCAACUUAUUAAAUCUCCCAUACAUUUUAAUAAUGCUGUUACUGAAUAUCACUCAACAAUCAAACAAUAUAAUAAAUAUUGAUUUAAAAAUCAAUAUUUAUUAUAUUGUUUGAUUGUUGAGUGAUAUUCAGUGGGGUUUAAUAAUGGAUGGUUGUAGUGAAAAUCAACUUCAACUUCAACUUCUUUAUUCUCCAAAACUAUAUAUACAUAGUUAUUGAGAUAAUGUAUAUUUAUAUACAAAGAUUCAAACUUAAAUGACAUGUGCGAACAAUUAAGUAAUAUCAAUAAUUAGUAAAUAAUAUUGACAACAACAAUAGUGGUGUAUAUUAAGUAUAUAACAAAAGGUUUUCAUGGAGGAUUAAUUUUUGAUGUAAUGAUUUUAAUGAGUCGACAUAACUUCUGUAAUACAACAGUAUUUUUACAAUUAAAAAGACUUUGAAAUUUGAAUAUAUUUGGGCGAUUUUGGCACCAAUCUAGCAAUAAUCUUUUUCUUUCAGAAGAAAAAUAUUUACAAUUUAAAAUAUAGUAAAAUUCGUCUCCGAUGUCGGCUGAGUCACAGACAUGACAUAGUCUUUCGUUUCGUGGUGUUUUAUUCCACCUCCCCGACUCAGUCGGUAAUCGGUGACUCCCAAGUCUGAAUUUAGACAAAAUUUGUAUGUUAAUGUUUGUUAAAUUAUUAAAAUAUGGUUCUUAUUUGAAUUCGGUUUUAAAUAUUUUGUAACAAAGACAUUUUGGUGAAAGUUGUAUAUCUGCUAAACAUUUUUGUAAGAAUUGAUCUUUUAGUGAUAUUUCAGUGAUAUUUCAAUUCUUUUAGUUGUCCAAUUAUCUACUAUUUGACAGUUCCACGUAUAGGAAAAUCCGGUUUCAUUUAAAAUAGUUUUCAAGAAAUAAAUCCAUUUGCAAUCAAAAUUAUAUUUGGAACUGUUGAUAUAUAAAAGUUUAUAUAAGGAAAACGAUAGUUUACUCGGUUUACCGUUUAAGAGUCUAUUCCAGAAUUGUAUCAUCCGCAUUUUAAUAAGGACUUGUAUUGGAAGUUUUCCGAGUUCUGCAUAUAUCAUGCAUUUUGGAAUGGUUUGUCGUAAAUUUAGAAUUGUCUUGUAAAAAUUUAAUUGUAUUUUUUCCAAUUUAUCUACAUUUUCAUGUUAAUUAGCAAUAUACUGUAUUCCAACAUCAAACUACUCAUGAAUGUUUCCUUUGAUUACACCAAGCAAACACAAUUAUAAUACCUUGAAAACAAUGGGUCAACUAAAAUUAGUUUGGGGAAAAUAUUUCUGGAACACCAUGUAACAACUAUACAUGUAUAUAUCAUUCUAAACUAAGCUAAUAUAUAAAUAAUGUAAUAAUUACCGGUAAUUCGGGAAACUGAAGGAGCUAUUGAACCGUCCAGUUAUUUUUGUGUAUUGUAUUUUUCAGAUGUUUUGGGGGAAAAACUCCCCUUGUAUAUAAAUUGUUUGUUAAUAAUAUUUGUUUAAUUUUGUAUCUUUGUUAUUUAUUUUUGCUUCUUUUAGAAAUAAAAGAUUUUAUUUGUU